ACAAAAAAAAAUGGGAUGAUUGUUUCGAAAAAUAUAUGAAAAACAAGAAAAAGAAAAUUCCGAGGUUUCUUCUCUUCCUCACAAAAUUGACUUACAUUCUUCAUUCUUCCAUUUAAUCAAACUAAUUAUUUUUUGUUCCAACUUGUCUUUCCUAAACCCUCUCUUAACCAGUCUCUAAUGGCUGCUCUUCCUAUUUUCCCCUAACCCUUACCAAAUUUGAAAAAAACCAAGGCAGGAUGGCCUUUGGGAAGCAGCCAUCUCUUCUUCCAUUCUUUGGCAUCCUGUCAUUUCUACUUCUCUUCCAUCCUAUUGCCACCACCACAACCGGUAUACGACUCAAUGUCGUUCGUAAGCCAACACCAGAAGUACCCAUCUUCCGUGAAGCUCCAGCAUUUCGAAAUGGUGAAUCAUGUGGAUCGAUUGAGACUGAUCCUAUCCAUGUCUCAAUGACCUUAGACGCAAAUUAUCUUCGAGGUACAAUGGCAGCUAUAUUAUCAAUCUUACAACAUUCAACAUGUCCUGAAAAUAUUUCAUUUCAUUUCCUUUGUGCAAGGUUUGAACCUGAACUAUUCUCUAGUCUUAGAUCAACUUUCCCUUACCUUAACUUCAAGGUUUACCGUUUCGAUUCUAACCGCGUUCGUGGUAAAAUAUCCAAGUCGAUUCGACAAGCACUAGACCAACCGUUAAACUACGCAAGAAUAUACCUGUCAGAUAUAAUACCGGUUGAUGUUAAUCGAAUUAUCUAUCUCGAUUCGGAUAUCGUUAUGGUUGAUGAUAUUGCAAAGUUAUGGAAAGUUGAUUUAGAAGGUAAAGUUGUGGCUGCACCAGAAUACUGUCACGCGAAUUUUACAAAAUAUUUCACGGACACAUUCUGGUCCGACUCGGAUUUAGCCGAAACCUUCAAGGGUAGGAAACCUUGUUAUUUUAACACAGGGGUGAUGGUGGUUGAUGUUGAGAAAUGGAGAGAAGGAGGGUACACACAAAAGGUUGAAGAUUGGAUGGGUGUUCAAAAACAAAAAAGGAUUUAUCACUUGGGUUCAUUACCGCCAUUUUUGCUUGUUCUAGCUGGUAAUAUCAAAGCUGUUGACCAUAGAUGGAACCAACAUGGACUUGGUGGUGAUAACCUUGAAGGAAAAUGUAGGAGUCUUCAUCCUGGACCUAUAAGUUUGUUGCAUUGGAGUGGGAAAGGUAAGCCAUGGUUGAGAUUGGAUUCUAGAAAACCAUGUAAUGUUGAUCAUUUAUGGGCACCAUACGAUCUCUACCGUUCGUCUAGUCUUUCGCUAGAAGAAUGAAUGAAAUUAAGAAACAUAGAGAUAGUUUGGGAAACAAGUUGGGGAUGGUAAAAAGAAGGAAGGAAAAGAAUGUUCAAAACAAAAAAAACAGGAAAAGAAAAUGUAAAACUAAGAUGUGAAGAGAUUUUUUUUUAAGUUAGGGAAGCAAUUUCAUUUCAGAGACUUGAAACUGUAAAAGAGAAGAACAGAAAUUUGAUAAGGUAUUUAUGUUAAACAGAGGAGGAACAAGCAAAGGUUUAAGGGUUUUGAACUCUAGUGCUUACAUGAUGGAGUCGUACAGAAAAUGGAGGCAUAAAAUUUGAACUACCAUGUACUGAGAGUUUUGCUCUGAUUUUGUAAGCCAUAGAAAAAUGACCCUAAAUUUAUUUUACUUUUUUUUUUUCCCAUUAUCUGUUGUGGCAAGGAGGGAGACUACAGCAAACGACACAUCGUAAAACUCAUGUUUAGUACGUAAUUAAACUUCAAAUUUAGUUUCAGGGUUUUCAUUUGAACUUCUGUAUCCGAAACCAUGUUUGUUGGUCUUUUUAUGUGUCAACCCUAAAUUUCCCCCUUGUAAUCUAUGAUUAUAUACUAAUCAUCCAAACCCUACUACUCUUAUAGCUAUUAUGUAUUUUUAUUUCAGCAGGUUUUGUUUGUUUC